AUGAUAUGUUUGAAUUGUUAUAUUUAAAUAAGGAUGAUUAAUAAAAUUAUGAAAAAAUUGUUUGAAAAUAAAAAUAUUAUAAUUACAUAUUUUUUUAUUUUUACAAUAAUCAUGUAUUUUCGAAAAGAGGACAAUUAAUUAAAUAAUCAUCUUAUUUAAAAACUUAACAAUCAAAAUCUAAAAAAGGUGAAUUUGGUAAACAUACCCUUAAAAAAAUAAAUGCGUUUUCCAUAAAAUAAUUUUUAUCUAAAACAAAUUAAGAAUUAACUUUAAAAAAGGGAAUUUUAAAUUUUCCUUCUUAUAAAUUAUCGAAAGCAUUAAAAAGUUAAAAAACAGUAAAAAGUUUAAUUUCUUAGUUUAUUUUUAAUUACAUAAACAAAAAUAAAUUAAUAUUUAAUUAAAUCUGUUAAAAAUCUCUUCUUUCAGAAAAAAUACAAACUUAAUUAUUAUCAAAAACAUAAGAUUUUGUUUAAAAAUAUGCUUAUUUUACCAUAUUUUUAUAAUAAAAACCAUACUAUAUUUGACAGUCUUUUCCUUUUUGACCAAAUAUACUUAUAUAGUCGAUAUAUAGUAUAAAUCCUUCUUAUGGAUUAUAUUUUUACGGCUGAUAUUCUUAUUUUUUUACAAUAUAAAAAUCUUAAUUUUCUUCCUAAAGAUUUUUUAGGAUGUAGUUUAAUUUAAAAUUAACCUUAUUUUCUUAAUUUUGUUUCUCUAUUUCGUAUUUUAAAGCCUUUAUCUUUUCUAGUUAUUCUCUUUUUUUAUAAAAUUCUCUACUAUUAGGAUGUAAUUUAACAAUCUCUAAUAAAAUUUACUCUUCUUAUUUGUUAAAUUUUUCAUAUGUGUUUUCUUUUUAUAUAGUCUUGCAUCCUGCAAUAUGUUUUUCGUCUAAAAAAUUAUAUUCUUUAUCUAUUUUAAACUUAAAUUAAUCCAGCUCGUUGA